CCCUGCACCCGGAUUUUUAAGGUCACCGGUCAGCUGAAGAGCCGGCUUUGCAUUGCGUGCCCAGGAAUUUGCGCUGCUCGGCUGUGUACUCAAGUGAAAGUCACGCCCGGGGGACGUGUGCAGCAGGCCGACUCAGGCCGCCGCGCCUGGCGAUGGGCUCCUAGUGGAAGAGGCGGUGCGGACGCGGCUGCCCAUGCUGCCCUGCUUCCAGCUGCUGCGAAUAGGGGGCGGCAGGGGUGGCGAUCUCUACACCUUCCACCCGCCCAGCGGAGCCGGCUGCACCUACCGCUUAGGCCGCAGGGCGGACCUGUGCGAUGUGGCCCUGCGGCCCCGGCAGGAACCUGGCCUCAUCUCUGGGGUCCACGCCGAGCUGCACGCCGAGCGCCGGGGCGAGGACUGGAGGGUCAGCCUGGAGGACCACAGCAGCCAAGGGACUUUGGUCAAUGAUGUCCGACUCCCCAGGGGCCACAGGCUGGAGUUGAAUGAUGGUGACCUCCUGACCUUUGGCCCUGAAGAGCCCCUGGGUUCCAGCCCCUCGGAGUUCUACUUCAUGUUCCAACAAGUGCGGGUCAAACCUCAGGACUUUGCUGCCAUUACCACCCCUCGGUCAAGAGAAGCUGGAGCCGGGGCUGGUUUCCAGCCUAUGCUGCCCCCCCAGGGCGCACCACAGCGGCCCCUCAGCACCCUCUGCCCUGCUCCCAAGGCCACUCUGAUCCUCAACUCCAUCGGCAGCCUUAGCAAGCUCCAGCCCCAGCCCCUCACCUUCUCCCCGGGCAGGGGUGGGUCCCAGAGUGUGCCUGUUCCCACCCCACCCCGGGAAGUGGGGCCUCUGCCUGGCCCACCCCCAAGAAACCGGAGGAAAUCAGCUCACCGAGUGCUGGCAGAACUGGAUGAUGAAAGCGAGCCUCCCCAGAGCCCCCCAGUGCUCACAGAACCCAGGAAGAAGCUCCGCGUGGAGAAAGCCCCACAGGCACCUAGUGGAAAUCGACGUGGCCGUCCUCGGAAGCUCCCAGUGAGCACCCACAUGGCUCACCCUACAGUUGGGGGCGGAAAGCCCUGUGCAGCCCCUGGUUGCAGCCUGCCCCAAGGAGAAACAGUAGCCUGGGUUCAGUGUGAUGGUUGUGACAUCUGGUACCACGUGGCUUGUGUUGGUUGCAGCAUCCAGGCUGCCAGGGAGGCCGACUUCCGAUGCCCAAAGUGCAGUGUUGGCACCCAGACCUGAGGCCCACCACCCAGAAACCUCCAAUCCACAGAUGGACAGUGGGUUGCAGCUGGACCCCACUUUCCUUCUUCCCCUCCCUCUGCAGGAGGGAGUAACUGACUCCAAGGAGAGGUUGCUAUGGACACGAUUCAGGGCCUGGAGCACGCCCUAGCAGCCUCGGUUGCAGAAGCUCACUUCCUGUCGAAGACCAAGAACUGGGAUGUUACAGGAUGUAAGGCCUUGUUGCCAUGGACAUUACCGGAUCCCGGCAGCACCCGGAAAUCACAGAAGCCUUGCCUGAAAAGUUGGAGCUCUUAACGUUCUGGAAUGGCACCACCUGAGGUACUCUGGCAAACAGCGUGCAGCCAAGUCCUCAUACUGACCGAUCCUGCCGCUGACCGGGGCCUCUGAACCUGGGGCUGGUUUCCACCCUGUGCUUUCCGGAGCUUUGCUCUUAUUUCCAAAUAAAGAACAAGCAGCUUUAUCCAUU